AUGGUGUUCCUCCGCCUUACAAUCAAGGUCUUCCAGGAUCAGCUUCUCCCGAGCUCAGUCACGCAACAGAAACCUGGUAUCUUUCUCCUUCCAAUUGAAAACCCGGAAGAGAUCAAUCUUGGCGGCCUAGCGAGUCAAAUACAAAAGAAAUGGAGCUAUCUACACCCAGAGUUACCGCCUCUCAUGAUCAAGAAAAUCCUCGAUGAUGCCGCAGACAAUAUUGAACUUUACCCCGAGUUGACAGUCGCGGAUGUCUGGGUUGACUUUGGCAAGGCUCGCUCCGAUGGCCUUGACCAGCGUGGCUCGGUGCGUGUCAUCCAAAAGCUCGCGGCUGCCGCGCCAGAGAGGUUCCCAUCCGUUGAUCAUGACUGGGAUGCUGUUAUCACGGCGUAUGAGCGCAGUCGUGAUGCGGAAAAGAAGGCUGCGGCCAACCGAGUUUCACCCAUCGUCGAGGAAGACGAGAAUGAAGUUUCUUGCGGCGGCUCGUGGUCUCAUUUGUUGGAUCUAUCUCAAUCCAAACAACAAGAGAAAAACCUAACGCCAUUUCCCCAUGAUUUCACCUCUGAGCGCCACCAAGGUGUCGUUUCUUCGGUCGAAGCUGAUGACCAAGACCUAUCUCACCCCCCUACCAAUCGCCCCACCAUCGCUGGUACGCCUUCCCAGAGAGCUGAAAGUGAAGAGCUCGGCGAAUGGCCAUCCCCAGCUCAGCCAGAACGAUCCUCCCUUGCCAAACCCAGCUCUCAACCUGCCCCUGUGACCGCCAACCAACCUAAAUCCAAAAGAAAGUCACAGGAUGCAACUCAGGGUAAGAUUUCAGUGGCAACUCGCCGCAUUUCGCAAAUACCAGAUGAUGUGAAGUCUGUUCAAGAAGAACCCUUGGCCACAGUCUCCCAAAGCCGAUCUCGGCCCUCGCAACGGCAGCCAGGCGUCUUUGACUUGGGCGAUUCAACUGAAGAUUCCGAUUCGAGCUCUGAUGGAAGCCCGCACAAGGACGACCAUGACCAGCUGAAGAAGGAAAACACGGUGAAUAAUGAUGUUUCAAAAGAUCGUCAAUCCAGCGGCUCGGACUCGACCUCUGAGGGCAAUUCCCAGAACGAAAUCGAGGACCAUCUCAACGAAGCUCAAGUUCACAAAUCUAUUGCCAGUGAGAAUGACGAUGUUGAGGCAGAUGGUGAUGUAUUCAUUGGCCUCGAUCACUCGGUCGCUAAAACACAACCCAGCGCCGUCUCCCGGAAACGCAAGCAGAGCGUCGAGUGGCCUUCUGCAGUCAAGGAACCACGUUUAGAACGGGCUCAUCCAUCGCGACGGGAGUUAUCCAUGUCCAAUUUCUCGAGUGGCACAUCUCCACAUGAUACACCUCGUCAAAUCAAAUCGCAAAUCCCACUUUCCAAAGCCCAGCCCGUGGCCCCAAAGCCGAAUUCCUCCUCCAGUCCGCAUAUGCCCAGAAAUGGGGAUCAAACUCAGCAAAUGGUCGCAGCUCAUGAGCAAGAAAGGCGCGAAAAGGGGAUGGGCUUGGGCAUCACAAGGAGCGGUGCCAGCAACCUGCCCCUUCGAAAGUUACCCCACGAACUUGCUACAGAAUUUUCUUCUCCUAGCGCUGAAAAUUCCCGCCCUACCAUCGUCAGCUCGCGAAAGCGGCUCUUAGCCCCGGCGCCCAGCAGUGCCACUUCCAAGGCGAAGGCACCCGAGAAAACACCCAACUCUUCUGCCUUCGAUAUCAAUCGGGGAACACCAUCCGCUAGUUCCAUUCGGCACCUCUAUCCCAAAGAUUCUCCUGAUGGCACCCCCACUUCAACCAAAGAAGCUCAUCAAGGCACAAGAGACAAGCCCAAGUCCAGGAUCAAGGAUGCCGAUGAAGCCAGACUCAGGGAGCAGGAAAAAGAGGAAUUAGCCUCACUUGAACUCUUGCUUCAACGUCCAAACAUUGACACUGAAACUGAGUCCGUUGUAACCGAUAUGGUGAAAAUCUUGAAGCGAAUGACCAAAGUUGAAGUCGCCAAACGAGAAAUUCAACGCCUCAAGCUUCUUCCGUUGCGGAUGUCAUUGCAGAGACUUGAACAGAAGCCAAAGACAGAGAUCCCAAGGUCCAGCCCCAUCAGGCCCCCGGUUGGAAUGCCACCCCACAGGACCCUGAAAGAAUUAAUGCAAGAUCAGCAGGCAGACUUAGCUGCCAGAGCCGCUGCACCUCCAUCUCCACCUGCACCAGAACCGGUGGCCGCCUAUUCCGGCGUUGUUAAAAUCUUCGAUGACUCUGACGAUGACUCUGACAGUGAUUCUUCCGUGAGCGACUCUGGAGACAUCAUGCCUGAUGGGCAAAUGACCAAACUUCAAAAGCCUUGGCCUCUGAAGUCCUGA